AUGAGAAGUGAGAGUGCACAGAGGAAGAGCGGCCGGGAUAACGCAGAGCCAUGCGGCGCUCAGUUGCCUCUGUCCCUGCCUUGUGUUAAUCUCUCUGGAGAGACAGAGGUGGCCAUGUUGGGUCAAAGCCUCUACAUCAAGAGCCGCGGGCCUGGACAGCUGACCUUGGUCUGGGAGAUGGGAGGUGACAAGAGAGGUGGGAGUUGGGAGUCCCCUAACCUUAUUGAUCACAUCCAACACGAGGAGGACUUCCAUAAGGGCUUGUCCACAGAGGAGCGACAUGCAUGA